AUGGAGGACAGAGGAAAAUUGCAGUUUGCAGAGGCGGAGAGAGAAGAAGAUGAAAUAGGGAGGUUUCUUUUGGGGAUCAUGAAUGGAUAUCAGGACACUGUUAUACCACCACUCUCCUACUUCGCUCCCGAGUUUCCCAAUACUCAGAUGGGCGCCAUUUGCAGAAAGAGGCGGACUAACAGAGCUUCCCAGCCUCGAACUAUCGCUCAGAUGAACGCCAUUUGCAGAAAGAGACGGACUAGCAGAGCUUCCCAGCCUCGAAUUGUCACGGAACGCCAACGCAGGGAGGAGAUGACUGAAAGAUACUCUCUCCUUCAGUCCAUGCUGCCUACUUCUGAUAAUGCCGUUAAGCAACCAAAUGAGAAGAUUAUUGGUGAUGCAGUGAGCUACAUAAAGUACCUGGAGAAAGAGAAAGAAAAGCUGGAGGCUCUAAAGAAAUCUCGAAUGGAAGAGCAAAACCUGGCCAAAUUAUUUUGGAGGAGAUGCAGAAAUCCUAGUUCCUUAGUGGAAGUAAAUGUGUCCAAUGGUGCCAAAUUCCUUGAGAUUCAAAUGCCCUCCAGACGUGGUUCGGUGGCCAAGAUAGUGGGGGUGCUCGAAAAGCAUAAGGCUGAGGUUCUAGAGGCAAGAGUUAAUGUCAACGAGCAGCGGGUUUUGACUUUCACAGCCACAAUCGUGCUCUCAUGUGAUGGAGGUAUUACGAUUGACAGGAUAAAGGAGGAAAUAUUAGAUUUAUAG